AUGAUCCACUCCUUUGAUGAUCUCACUGACCAGCACGAACCGUCAGAAUCCGAAGACGACGACGAGCAACAGCUUCUGCAGUGGGUGACCGGCUGGACAGCCGCUCUACCGGCCCCUUGGCUGAGGAUCGCUGAUGAUAUGAUCGCAAGUUGUGACCUGUUUCUGGAUGAUGAUGAAGUGAAUGAGGCGGAUGAGGAGGAGCUAGCCCUGCAGGGAAUAAUCGAGGAGGCUUUGCGUUUGGAGAAUGAAGGCCUAGAACCACAGCCGAUGCAGCAGCAGCCCUCACCGACGCCCUCAUUUGCAUCCUCGACUUCUUCCUCAUCCUUUUCUAUUGGCUCAUCGGCAUCACUUUCACCAGCGUCCUCAUCUGCAUCUCCUGCGUCAUCAUCACCAUCAUCAUCUGCUUCUUCGCCUUCAACCAAAGGCCGUCCUCCUUGUUCGCGUCGUCGAAAGACCGCCGUGCUCACCCUGCAGGUGGCCGAGGCCAAGCAGCGCCAAAAGGAGGCCGCCCUCAGCGAUGAAGAGCGCGACCGUCGCCGCAAGCGAAAGCGAGAAACCGAACGAAAGAGAAAGGCCCUGAAGAGAGUCGCCGCCACCUUUGGUCUCGAACAAAAAGCGCUCCUGGUAAAGGCCACGGCCACGGCCGCUCAAAAGAUGAACAACAACUGUACAUCAUCGUCGUCACCAUCUCCGCUGCCACCGCCGAAGAAGAAGCAGAAGCUCGCUGCUGAAGUGUCAGGAGUUUCCAGCAACCGACCCUUGACUCGUUCCAUGGUCUCUCGCGGCUUUGAGUACCACUACCAAGAAUUGUUCUAA